UGCUCGCUGUCAACGCAUUCGUUCACACAAUAUGUUUAUUAUUCGACUACUUUAGGGUACUUACUCGCUGUCAACGCAUUCGUUCACACAAUAUGUUUAUUAUUCGAGCUAGUAAAUGCUACUUUUCUGAUUACUCAUCAUCAACCAACCAGACGCUACUGCUAUUCCAUCAUAGCUCCGUAUAUCUUUGCCGUUACCCUACAAGCUAUUAUCAUUCUUAUGAAAGCAGUCGAUUUACUUUUUUUCAGGUAUCGUAUACUGCCUACAAGAGAGUACGUUGUGGUUUUAGUCCUAAUAGGCUCGAUCUUUGCUGGUGCCCUUGCAUUAUGGGGCUGGAUUGCUCGAGAUAAUGAGAUCAUAGCAUUCUGCAAUCCUCCUUUAGGCUUGGCCCCACAAGUCAGUCGUUUCUGGUCGAUGGCAAAUGUUGUCGUCAAUUCAGCAGUCGUUGCUGUGUAUGUAGUUAUUAUCGCGUUAGUCCAUUUCAAUGGGAACACCUCUGCUUAUCGCGAAAAUCGGAAAGUUAUUCGGCGUCUCAAGGCCAUUGUGAUCAUUUUCGUCUGUUCUUGGUAUAUGGCGAUAUUGGGCGUGAACCUUGGUUAUGUGCUUGGAUUUUCACCUGAAGGUGUAGCCAUAUGGCAGAGUAAUAUGGUAUUCUUCGCUCUAGUGUGCUAUACGCAAGCCUUCUACGUGUGCAUAUGGCGUUCUCCAGAAUAUCGGACUGCAUUCAUGGAACAGUUACAUAUGAUGGUCUACUGGAAACAAAAGCGGCGAGCACCUACCAUAGGCUUUGUAACAUUAUCGAAAAGUCGUCGACUUACAACGACUAUGACCUCAGCCAAAUAA